AUGGGCCCGGAGACGGGACCAGCCACAGAAUGGCAACGGCGACGUGAGAAGAGAGGAGCCCACCGGGUAACAGCUGGAGGUGCCACCUUGGCCCCGGGGCGAAUACAGCAGCCCCCGGCCUUCUGGCAGGACGUGGCCCAAGACCCCCGGGCAGUCUAUGGCCACAGGGCCAGCGGCACCCGUCCCAGAGAGCCGAGCAGCUCUAGAAAACCCACUCCCCAACCACACAGACACCCGUGCCCACAACUGCAUGAGGCGUGUGGCUGCCAGGCUUCUGAAAGGCUGCAGAGUGCCGGGCAGGAGGGAGGAGCCUCUCCGGGCAGCGCCAGGCAGGAGGGAGGAACCUCCCCGGGCAGCGCCGGGCAGGAGGGAGGAGCCUCCCCGGGCAGCACCGGGCAGGAGGGAGGAGCCUCCCCGGGCAGCGCCAGGCAGGAGGGAGGAACCUCCCCGGGCAGCGCCGGGCAGGAGGGAGGAGCCUCCCCGGGCAGCACCGGGCAGGAGGGAGGAGCCUCCCCGGGCAGCGCCGGGCAGGAGGGAGGAGCCUCCCCGGGCAGCGCCGGGCAGCGCCGGGCAGGAGGGAGGAGCCUCCCCGGGCAGCGCCGGGCAGGAGGGAGGAGCCUCCCAGAGCAGCGCCGGGCAGCACUGGGCAGGAGGGAGGAGACUCCCCGGGCAGCGCCGGGCAGGAGGGAGGAGCCUCCCUGGGCAGCGCCGGGCAGGAGGGAGGAGCCUCCCCGGGCAGCGCCGGGCAGGAGGGAGGAGCCUCCCUGGGCAGCGCCGGGCAGGAGGGAGGAGCCUCACUGGGCAAUGCCAGGCAGGAGAGAGGAGCCUCUGUGGGCAGCACUGAGCCUGGCCCUCUCACGUUAUGACACAUAA